UGAAGAGGAGAAAAAGAGGAAGAAUAGGGGCGGUCAUUAUGCUGAGCGCCAUAUCGAUGAUGAUGCGGCCGUCAUGCGCCUCCACCGCCACAAGCUCUCUCCCCGCCCGCCCCAUUCCGGGCAGCUACGGCCUUCCCUUAAUUGGCCCCCUCAAAGAUCGCCUCGACUACUUCUGGUUCCAAGGCCCCGAGACCUUCUUCCGGAGCCGCAUGGCCACACACAAGAGCACCGUCUUCCGCACCAACAUGCCGCCGACCUUCCCCUUCUUCGUCGGCGUCGACUCCCGCGUCGUCGCCCUCCUCGACUGCUCCUCCUUCUCCGCCCUCUUCGACCCCUCCCUCGUCGACAAGCGCAACGUCCUCGUCGGUGACUACAUGCCCAGCCUCGACUUCACCGGCAACACCCGCGUGGUCGUCUACCUCGACCCCUCCGAGCCCGGCCACUCCCCCGUCAAGAGCUUCUGCCUCGACCUCCUCAAGUCCAGCGCCAAAGUCUGGGUCUCCGAGUUCCUCCGCAACCUGGACCUCAUGCUCGCCUCCAUCGAAUCCGACGUCGCCAAGAACGGCUCCGCCGGCUUCGUCAUCCCCUUGCAGAAAUGCAUCUUUUCUUUCCUUUGCAUCAGUCUCAUCGGCGCCGACCCGUCGGCUUCUCCGGACGUCGGUGAGCUAGGCUUCGCCAUGCUCGACAAGUGGCUUGCUCUCCAGCUUCUUCCCACCACCAAGGUUGGGGUCAUCCCUCAGCCUCUAGAGGAGCUCCUUCUGCACUCAUUCCCUUUCCCCUUCUUCCUCGUCAGUGGCGCCUACCGGAAGCUCUACGAGUUCGUGGAGAAGGGCGGCCAAGAAGUGAUCGAGAGAGCGGAGAAAGACUACGGGCUCAAAAAAGAUGAGGCCAUCCACAAUAUCCUAUUCGUCCUCGGAUUCAACGCCUUCGGCGGCUUCUCCGUCUUCCUGCCCUCGCUCAUAACCACUGUGGGGAGGGAUAAGACGGGACUGCAAGGGAAGCUCAGAGAGGAGGUGCGGAGAGUGAUGCAGAGCAGAGGGGAGAGCGUGCUGAGCUUCGAGGCGGCCCGGGAGAUGGAGCUGGUCCGGUCUACGGUCUACGAGGUGCUCCGGCUGAACCCGCCGGUCCCGCUCCAGUACGGGCGGGCGCGGGCCGGGUUCGAGCUAAAAUCCCACGAGUGCUCGUACCGGGUGGAGAAGGGGGAGCUGCUCUGCGGCUACCAGCCGCUGGCGAUGCGGGACCCGGUGGUGUUCGACCGGCCGGAGGAUUUCGUGCCGGACCGGUUCCUGGGGAGCGCCGGGAAAGAGCUGCUCAAUUAUUUGUUCUGGUCCAAUGGGCCCCAGACGGGCACGCCAACGCCGGCCAACAAGCAAUGCGCGGCCAAGGACUACGUGGUGGAAACGGCGUGCCUCCUCGUGGCCGAGAUUGUUAACCGCUACGAUGAGUUUGUCUGCGACGAGUCCGUCAACGUUACCAAGCUGGUCAAAAAAGAGUAGAGAAGGGUAAAUGAAUAAAGUUAGAAAGUCUGUAUUAUUUUUUUCCUUUGCGUAACUCUGCUGCUUUUGAAAUUUCAUUAACGGCAUUUUUCCGUUAUAAUGGAAUCCACGAAAGCUCUUAUUGCCCGCUACAA